CAUUGUCGCCUCAUAAAUCACGUCCAAGUGGCCUGAUUUUUCUUCCUUUCUUCGCUUCUCCCCUUGUCGUGUUUCUUGGUAUACCUCAGGCAGCGGAACCAAAACCUCAUCCAACCACUACUCUUCUUCUUUCUUUUGCCUCUAUUCACUUCUACGAGGCGUGCCGGUCACAUUUUUGCCAUUACUAUUUUCAUAAUACCCGACUUCCCUUCAUUCACUACCGACAAUCGUUUCUUCGCCGACCUCGCCACCACACAUUGUCAAACAACUUGAUAAAGAAGAAGAAAAAAACCCAGCAACAACAACAGCGCCAUCAUGUACACUUCACUUUUUGCGCCGCUUUUUCUUCUCCUGUCCAUCUUGCACUUGGCAGCUGCCGAUCCCUCGGCAAGAAAUGUCAUCAUUCCUGGUCGUCUGAACAAUGACCUGGACACCCGCCAAGUCUCCGUCACUCCUUCCCAACAAGAACUCUGCCUCGACUAUGAGCGCACAGCAAACCUAUCCACUGCCGGCGCAAAUGGAUCAUACCGUACCGUUGUAAUGCAAAAGGCAAACGUAGGCACUCUGACCAGUGCCGGCUUGAUGAACGCAGCUAUGGCCAAGUUGCCCGCCCUCACCGCCGACAAGGACUUGAACGCCCGCUGUGGAAACUGGACUGAGAUUGCGUUGGUCGAGGCUGAGAAAAACUUUACCAAGGGCAUUGUUCUGCAGUUCACUACCGAGGGCUUGCCUGUUGGCAUCAAGAACGGCCCUGAAGUGAUAGUCAUUACAGCUGUGAUUUGUGUCGUCCUCUGUGUCGUCUGGGUCUUCGCAGAGUAAACUAGGCACACACUGAGAGAGAUAUUCUGGAGAGUGGGGGAGUCAAUAUUUUUUGGAUCAAGAUGGUUGAGUUGUGAGGAAACAUGGUGUGUAGCCAUCGCGCCAAUGUUACUAUCGUAGGAGAGACCGAGUCAAGAAUACCCGAUCGUGCAAUGUUUAAAUUAUGGUGAUUUGAUCAAAUUAUUCUUCAAUUUCUUCCUGCGUCUUC